UGUUGUGUGAAAUCAACAAUUGUGGCUAUCUUUAGCACAAAUUCUGAAUUUGACCAAUGUAACGAUUUUUCUCAUAAGGGAAUUGCUUCACCUUGAUUGGUUUGUUAUAAACUAAAGCUCCUUUCUACCUUUGAAUCUGAAGUGUUUGACAGUUCUAAAUCUAUUAUUUCUUCUAAGAUGCUGUGACUCUACAAGUGAUAUUUUAACUGCCUCAGCUAAACAGUAAUGGUGCUUUUUAAAUCCUGAAAUAUCUGCUGUACUAAAAAGAUCUGUGUUCUGUAAAAUCUUAUCAAAUCUUUUUCUGUAUAUUCUUUUUUAAGGACACCAGAGAUUUCUUAAGGAAAAAUUCAAGCUCAGCUUCAUUGGACUCUUCUUCAGAUGAGUCCUCUUCAGUACAAGCUUCGAAAACUGUGUUUCCUUCAGGAUCAAGCUCUGAUAAAACCAUUGUCACAAAAAGCCAGCUCAGUCUUUCAGCAUAUUCUAACUCUACAACUUUAUUAGGAAUAGCCAAUCAUAAAUAUCCUAGGAAACGGAAAAGAAUUUCCUCAAAAACAGAUACAAAAAAUUUAGAAAAUGUUCAGACAUUGAAUAAACACAAUAUUAGUAACUUGCAAGUCCUCCAUAAUGCUGAUUACUCAAAAGACAGAAUAUCUCCUGACGAGAAUUUCCUGCCACCUGAUAUAUAUCUGUCUGGGAGUGACUUGCCCAUUUCAGUAGAAAAAUGUGAAGCUGAAGAAAAUGAAAAUAAAACAUAUGGAUACAUUAUAAAUAAAAAUGACCAAAUCCAAAUUUCAGAUACUACAGAAAGGCAAUUGCAUACAUUUACUCCUCAUAUUUAUUUAGAAACAGGAAGAAUGAAUGCUUCUGCAGUUCCUUCAGAAAAAUUUGCUGAGCAGCUUGGAUCUUCCUUGAGUGAUUGUGACAACGUAGACAGUGAUGAAGAGGCACUCAUCCCUCUUGAAGAAAUACUGUCCCAGGGUAUCAGGACAGCUGCAAAAAGCUCAGAAGAAGCUAUGGAUCAGAAUGAAAUAGAAAGCACAAUUUCUGCAACACAUAAUGCUUCUCUUUCUAAACCUGUUGUUGAAUGUGGAGUCUCAUUCAUGAAUCAUCUGGAACAUCUCCUGAAAGAGAAAGAAGAGUUAAGGAGGGUAGAUGAACUAGAGAACCAAUUACAGCAAGUCAAAGGGAUAGCUGAAAUAAACUCUCCACUUGAAGAUCAAUCUACUGAUGGUGAACUAUCUGCUGAACAUAGAGAAUUUAUAGAAAGAUACUCAUUCAGCCAUGAUGCCAUUCCUGACCAGCACCCAGGAGAAAACAUAUUUCAAAUAGCGAAUGCUGGGAAAAUCUUCAACCAGAAUAAUCUUGAUUUGAGAAACUUUGAUUUUCAUCCUCAAAAUCCGAUUGAACAAUAUCUUGUUAGAUGGGGAAUAACACAGCAGCUUUUUGUAAUUAUUGAAGGCUUACUUGUAUCUACUUACCAUAAUUCUUCUUGUCCUGUACCAAUUUUAAAAUGGAUGUUUCAGAUGAUGUCAAUUCAUCCAGAUAGCUCACUUUCAAGAAAAAUUUUGGAUAUGUUGAUGAUACUAACAAUUAGAAAUGUUUCUGAUGACAAUAACCAACAAAAGCCAUGGAUUCCAUCAUUAUUUGAUAUAACAGCUGUGUUAAUCAAUAUGGGUAGUUCCUUCAAUGUGCUAUUUCCUCUACAAAAGUAUCAGCCUAACUUUACUGAAAAUAAUAUAAUGUCUAAGAUGCAUGUAACUGUGAGGAAACAAUCGAACGGAGACAUCUGUAUAAACCCAACAACUUUCUUUCUUCUAAUAGAGAGCAAUCUUUGCAAUAUAGCAAAGUUUCUACGACUCUGUAUAACUGUGUGCCCAGAAGAAUAUACGGACAGAGAAAUAUUUAUGUUGCUAUUGCUACUAUUUAAACUGAGUUUGGAAACAGAGCUGAAGCAAUUUCCACUAGUAGACUUGGAGUGCCUUAUUAUAAAAUUGUUGGAAAAUAUCAGAGACUGGGAUACUGAGAAGAUGUCUGAGUUAUCCUCGGCAAUAAGUUGUCUAUCCAACCACCAUCAUAAUCUGUUGUGGCUUGUUCAGUUUGUCCCCAGUUGGACAACCCGUGGAAGACAAAUAAAACAACAUCUUAGCUUGGUAAUAAUCCUAAAGCUUCUUAAAAACCAUGUGGAAAUACCCAGUAACCAUGAUGAACAGAUGUCCCUUCUAUGUGAGGAGCUAGUGAAGAUGAAACCUUCAAAUCUGUUAAAGAGUCUGUCAGAAACUUCAGAACAUCAUGAUGGUCUUAAAAAUCCUUUUCUUUCUCAAUCUGAGCCCCAGGCCUAUUACCUGACUUAUGUUCUUCUUCACUUGGUUAGGGAAGCUAGCAAUUCUGAGCGUACAAAUUCCAAUCAAAGAAAAUGGCUGUUGAAACUCUGUAGCACCCUGGAAAAACAUGUAAAGUGUGAUAUUAGGGAAGAUGUCAGACUGUUUUACAGAACUAAGGUAAAAGACUUAGUUGCUAGAAUGUACAGCAAAUGGCAGCAAAUGAUACACCAUUCUCAGCUUAUUCAGGGGCAGAUCCAUGACUUUUGGGCCCCAGAUUCUUAACAAAUAUGGAUCAGACUGGAUGAUCAAGUGUCUAAGAAAGUGAGCAGGAAGACUACACUAUUGUAUAAGGAGAAGCAGUCUUGUAAAGUGCACUUAACUUCCCCCAAUAACUUAAUUGAGCAAAUUUAGUAAUUAAAACUGUAUUUUUUUAAAAAUCCAUUUGACAUUGGGAAGGUUGCCCUUUUCUACAUGAUAACAUAAUAUCUGAAUUGGAUGAAUACAUUUUUUAAAAAUCAGGGUAGGCUUACUUUGUUCUUUUUUACAACAAAUAUGGUUCUUACAUUCCUACUGUGGAGCAGAAUUUAGAAAACGUUGCUGCUUGUUUUCAAUAUUGAGGAUGCUUCUCUGCUGACUUUACAACAGUAUCAUUUAUAUGGAUGUGGCUCCUAACUUGCAUUAUUAGCAUAUCUAAUGUUGGCUUUUGAAAUGGAAACAGUAAUUUGAUGGAUGAACACAUACAGCCCUACAAAAAUUUGGAAGCAAGUUGUAAUUUAUUCUGAUAGAGCUUACUUCCAAGUAAAUGUGAAUAGUCUGUAGCUUUAUAUUCAUAUUAAAGGGGUUAAGAAAGCAGACCCAGCAAGUCCAUAUUGUUCAAAUGUUUAAGAAAGGUUCAUGGUUGGUCAUACAUAGCAUUCAGGUAUUCAUAGAUAACACAUGCUAAUAAUCUUAUGCAAUAGUUUGGUCAUUCUUUUGUAUAAGAAUUCAUGUAUUCCUCUGUUUAUAUCACUUUGGACUAUGUAUAUGUAUUAUGUCUAUGACAUGAACAUAAAAUAUAUAGUCCAUAAGUUUCAGUCUUAAUGUUACUUAAUAUGAAUGUAUAUAUUUGUGUGUAUGUAUAUAUGUAUAUACAAUUUGUGUGCAGUUUUAUAAUCUGAACACUUGCACUGCCAUAUCUGUGAAUAAACAAAAUUUUAGAAGCCAUAAAAAUUAAAUGCUAUAGAAAUAGUAUAUAUAAAACAUUUGACUUUUAUAUUUAUGUUUAAAUCAAGAUAUUUGUGUCAAGUAAUGACAAAGUAAAUCGUAUAAGUUGGUAUUUUCUAAGUGUGCAAUAAGCACAGGUAAAUCAUUCGGAAUUUUUAUCUUUAUUCAGUGGGUGGUGGUUUGUACCUCAGAAAUGUAAUCUGUUUCUUAUUUUUAAUGCUGUUGAGAGUUUCAUUAAUUCCAAUAUAAAGUUUGGGUGGAAAAUGCUAUUUUAGAAGGAAUAAUUAGGGGCUUUUUAAAAUUCAGAUGGGGUAGAUUUUAUUGAUUCUUCCUGCAUUCUGUGCCUGAUAUACGAAAGAAGCCCUAUGUGCAAUUAGAAAUAAUUUCUGCUCUCAUGAGACAUUGCGCUCUUCCUCUGUAUCUCUUGGCUGCAGCACCUCGGAUUGCACUGAAAGCUGUUCUAGAAGAUGUAAUAAUUGCAAAGAGCAGCAUUUCUAGGAAGAAACCAAUCCUAAUAGAAGCAACCUGGUAUAUCUGCAUAUUCCGGCUGUGGGGAUUCUUUUUCUUACAUUGUACUUUUGAAUGUACUGUUGUGCCAAACUUUUGAAGAGAAUACAGAAAACAACACUUCAGUCACAAUGUAUAUUGUGUAUAUUAUGUAAUGCAUGGUAUAUAUAAUACACAUUAUGUAUAUUAUGUAUAUUGUGUAAUAUCUGUAUAUCGUGUGAAGAAAUACAAUUUGUUCUUUUUUUACAGUUUUUCAGGAAUACUCAGAUGAAAUUCCCAAUUUAGCUACUUUUAAAAUGUAAAUUAAAUGCAAGAAUAAAAUCUAAAUUAACAUUGAUUACGUCUCUAAAAUUCACAGUACGUUACAAAUAUGUCAUUUUCAACAUAAUCUAACAAAACAGAUAUAAUGAGCAGAAUCCCCCCCCCCUUUUCAAAAAUAAAACUUCAACUGAAGUGUAUUACAGCAUUCCAGGCUAAUUCAUUCCAGUUGUUUAUAUGUGUUUAUAUUCCUAAAUACUAAGAUAACAGGCAUGUUAGUACAACUUCAGUUCUUAUAAACUAUAUAAGAGUAAUCUCUCCAAAAAUGUUAUUUAUAGAUCAGACUUCCCCUGCUAUACCUCCAAGUUCUUGGUGCUCUUAAUAUUAAAAUUCUGUUUUGUUUUAUCUUGAAUUGGCAUUUUUGGAAUUAAAUGUGAAGUGCUACACAGCCCAACUUGAGAUCUACAUAUUAAUGUAUUGCUUGAAUGGGACUUAAAUUAUAAAGUAUUUGAUUCUUACUUUAAUAAGAUAUAUGGUUUUCCACUAACCAUGGUUAAAAUGUUCUAAGAAAAGCUAAUCCAAAAAGUAGAGAAGCAUAAACGAAUGAAAACACAGUACAGUACACUUGCUAUGGUUGUGCUUUGGUUGGCACAAAUUUUCCUAACUUGGUUAUCUCCAUAUGUGUUGGACUUUAACUCACAUAGUUCUCAUG